AUGGUGCAAGCUUCUGCAGAUGGUAUCAGCUGCUACUGUUUGCUGAUGAAGGAUCUCAAACCAAUCUGUCGGAUUCGAUGUUUCAAACCUCCUUGCGAAAUUGAACUACAGUGUUUAAUCACAGACAUAGUUAGGCUGGAAAAAAUUGGUAUUCCUGCUGGAUUACCAUGCUGCACUCUGUAUCGCGCAUCAGAAAAUGCUCAACAAGAAAAGGAGUGGGUUAGGUUCUUGGAUUUCCUUCAGACACAUAAGAAGGUAGAGAAAUAUGAUAUUUUUUCCAUGUCAUGGUCACCGGGAGGUGAAAAAGGGGCUUUCCAUCAUGUCACGGCUUUAUACAAACAGGUGAAUAGGCGUACUUUGUGUGACCAUCUCAAUGAACUAGAGGAUGCCAAUGGGGUUAUCGAAGUUGCUAGCCGAUCCUGCAAGCAAAGAACACAUAUUGGAGAGGACGCUUUAUCUAACACCACUGUUAUUGGAGACAAAACUGUGAAUAUGAAGGCCAACCGUGGACCUGAAAAUGUUGUGGCCUUUACUCAUACAUUACCUAGAAAUAGCGUACAAGUUCAUCCAAGCUAUUUGAAAACCCUUGGUCAAUCUCAUUCAAGCUGGAUUUUUGGUGCAGUUGCUGAGUUUGUUGACAAUUCAAGAGAUGCCAAAGCAACUAAGCUGGAGAUUUCCAUAGGGACAAUAUAUCAUAAACCUGCUGGAAGAGAUAUUCCCAUGCUUUCCAUCAUAGAUAAUGGUGAGGGGAUGACACAUGAGCAGAUUGAGAGGAUGAUAUCUUUUGGCCACAAGCAACCAGAUGCUGAUGAUCCAGAUCGUAUUGGGCGAUUUGGGAUUGGAUUCAAGAGUGGGGCAAUGAGACUUGGAAAGGAUGCUGUGGUUUUUACUCAGGCUGCAAACUCUAGAUCAGUUGCCUUUCUUUCUCAGACUCUUAAUGAAGGAAAAGACAACUUGGAGAUUCCAAUCGUUAGCUUUCGCAGAGUCGGGCAAUUCAUGGAAAUUGAUACCAGUGUCCAGAAUGAGACUUUAGCAAAACACAAUCUGAAAGCAAUAAUGAAAUUCUCUCCAUUUAACAAGUACCUAAUUGGGGAAAAAUCUGCACUCUUUGGUGAAGCCGGCACCGGAACACAAAUAUAUAUCUGGAAUUUGGAUGAAUGGGGAUCAAGUUAUAGCUUGUGCUGGGAGACCGAGACAAAAGAUGGAAGUUCAUCCUGCCAAGGUGACAUAUCUAUUAAUCCAAGGCGUGUUAGAUCUCGUCCUGGCCAAAUGUCUCAAGAAGUACCAUUGGAUUACUCGCUGAAAAGUUACCUGGAAGUGAUCUUCCGUAAUCCACGUAUGAAGAUCUCUGUUCAAGGAGCAUUGAUUAAAACUCGACCUUUAUCCAAGUCUCUACAUCAAACAGUAGUGAAGACUGGUGUCAUUACGGGAAAAACUGUAAAACUAAUACUUGGCCGCAGUCAACUGGAAUGGGAGCAGGCUAAUUGUGGAAUAUUUCUGUAUUGGCAUGGACGGCUGAUUGAGGCUUACAAAAGAGUUGGUAGCAUGAUCCAUAAUGGGGAUACUGGCCGCGGCAUUAUUGGCGUGAUUGAUCUUACUGAUCUUAUGAAGGAUGAUCGUGGUCGCGUUUGGGUCCAUAACAAUAAGCAAGGAUUUCAAGACUGUGAAGCAUAUGCAGAACUUGAGAAGUGGUUGUGUGCGAAAACAGAUGAAUACUUAGACAAAUAUGUUAAUAAGAUUCAGCUGGUCAAAGAUGGUGCCUUUCUCAAAGCUGACCGUGAAUGGGUGCAGUGCGACAAGUGCAGAAAGUGGAGGAUGUUGCCUGCUGGAUUUGACAGCAGCUCCUUGCCUAUAGAAUGGACGUGUGACAUCCCAGAGCAGAAAGAGGAAGAUGGAGUGGUCAUAAUAUCCGCUAAACGUUCUGGAUAUAGUGGUACGGAAAAUUUAGAGAACAGUGACACAUCACCAAGGAACAUCAAAUCUAAUUCUCUGCACCAAAUUUUUCAAAGAGUUGCACAUUCACCAUCACAGUUUAGAAACUAUAAUGCUCUAAGUUUUAUAGGGAAUAGUGACACUGGAAUCCAAAAAUCAGGCAAAAGAGAACCAAGCCAGAGCCCGGAAGAUGACAUUCCACUGUCCUGGUCAAGAAAAACAAAAUACAGAAAGUAUUGA